AUGCAGUAUCUUACCAUCUGGAAAUCUCGUUACAGGAUAUUCAAGAGGUCAAAGACGCGUGCAGCAUGUCUUACACGCAUUAGAGAUAUUGGGCUAGACAGUGCUAAAGCAUCUCUGGGCUGUAUUCUUAGCAACUGGAAAAAGAAAGAAAAGAAAAGAACAACUUGUUAUCUGGUUCUUCUACAGCAAUUCCUUGGGGAAAGAAGAGAAAUAGAGAGUCUCCUGAAAUCGGCAAUAUGGACCCUAUUGAAGCACCAAAAUUUAGCCAUCAGUGCUCUGGAGUUUCUUCCCAAAGAACUAUUCCCACAGCUCUUCCUGAGUGCCUUCCGUUUUGAAUGCACAGACACACUGAAGGCCAUUGUACAGGUGUGGCCCUUUCCUACUCUCCCACUAGGGACACUAACAGAUAAAUUCUGUCCCUGUAUGACGAGUUUAGAAGCAGUGUUGGAUGGAAUUGACCUGCUGCUUGCUCAGGAAGUUUGCCCCAGGAGGUGCAAACUAGAGAUAUUGGAUUUUUGUCAUUCUGGUGAUCAGUUCUGGAAUCAAUGGUGUGAUAUCCCUAUUCGAUGGGUCCGAGAUUUAAAGCCACCAUUGUCUGUGGGCAGCUGCAGAAAAGGACACACCUCAGUGCUCCUGGAGGUGGCCGUUGACCUGACAGUUAAUGAUGGUCCCCUCUGGGAAGUAGAGAGUCACGUACUUGACUGGGCAAAGGGCCGGAAGGACAUCCACCUGUGCUGUAGGAAGAUCACUUUUAUGGACACGCCCCUCUUUAUUAUCUGGCUGAAUGACAUCAAACUGACCUGUGUUCUAGAAGUAGAGGUCUAUUUAUGGUUGAGCUCCUUUAAUCCGGUAUUACUCACUCCGAUACUUGACAAGAUGAAAAAUCUGCGGAGGCUAAUUUUCACUACCCAGCCACCAAUUCGCAUGACCAUGGAGGAGCAGCAGCAGUUUAUGCCCCCGUUUUCAGAGCAGUUCCUCUUGCUGAACAGCCUCCGGGAGCUCUAUAUGGACUCGACCAUCUUCCUCAAAGAAAAUCUGGACAAGGUGCUUUGGUGCCUGAAGACCAAUUUGGAGACCUUGUUCAUCACUAACUGUACGCUUCUCAUACAAGACAUGACACAAAUGUCCCGGUGCCCAAACCUUAAUCAGCUGAAGAAGUUGAGUCUGCAUGGAACUUGCCUGAGACUUUUCAGUACCCCUCUACAAGUGCUGCUGGAGAACUGUGCAUCCACCCUACAGGACCUGGACUUAGGGGUGUGUGGGCUCCAGGAUUCCGAUAUGGAGGAAAUCCUGCCUGGGCUUAAACUCUGCUCCCAGCUCAGGGUCCUGAAACUCCAGGAGAACUGCUUGUCCAUGGCCACACUAGUCCAAGUGGUGUGUCACCUGGCAGAGUUGCCUCACUUAAUGCUGGAGAUAUAUCCAGCCCCUCUGGAGAGUUACAGUUCUCCAGGAAAACUCCACCAGAGGACCUUUGAUCUACUUUGUGCAGACAUGACGAAUGUUCUUAGAGAUUUAGGAAAGCCCAGGUCCAUCUUUCUCCAUAUCAAUUUCUGUCGUUGGUAUGGCCAGAGUAUGCUCCACAAAUGUGAGGCCACUUUUUCAUCUGUGUCAGAGUGA